CCGGUUGCCUGGGAAACGGCCGCAUGGCAACGGGAUCAGAGCCCGGGGGUUGUGUCUGCCGCGCGGUCCGCUCUCAUUUUACAUCACAUUUCCUCACUAGAUGGUGUGCAAGUCACUGGAGAGUAGACUUCUUCGCGUAGUACACCUCCGACCAAACAAAGCUGGAAAACUCUCCCGGAACGCCAUUUCGUUAGCUUUUCAAAGGGAGUAAGAGCUGGAAUAAAACCUUUGCGUACGGGGUUUUUUCUGUUGUGGUUGUUGAGGACAAGAGACACGUUGCAGCUGUGAUGGACAUGAUGAUGAUGGCGCAGGAUGCGUGUGCCUCCGGUCAGUGGCUUACCGCUAUAUUUCUCAGUCUCUGCUGCUUUCUGCCCUCGUGUUUACCUGCUGGGCAAACGGUGGACUAUGCCUGGAUGGGGUUGGAAAACGUGGUCAGCAGGCAAGGGGACACGGCUCUUCUUAGAUGCUACCUGUUAGACGGAUUGUCAAAAGGGGCUUGGCUAAACCGCUCGAGCAUCAUCUUCGCAGGGGACGAUAAGUGGUCAGUGGACCCUCGAGUGUCCAUCGUCACGAGCGUCGGCGACAAACACGAAUACAGCCUGCAGAUAAAGAAGGUGGACGUUACUGAUGACGGCCAGUACACCUGCUCCGUACAGAAUGAACACAACCCUCGAUCAAAGCACAUUCAGCUAACGGUUAAAGUUCCACCCAAGAUAUAUGACAUUUCUAAUGACAUCACUUUGAACGAGGGCAGCAACGUCUCACUCAUCUGCAUGGCCAGUGGGAAACCAGAGCCUACUAUCUCUUGGAGGCAUAUAACCCCAUUAGCCAAGAAGUAUGAAAGUGGAGAGUAUUUGAUUAUCAACGGUAUCACCAGGGAUCAGGCUGGAGACUAUGAAUGCAGUGCUCAAAACGACAUCUCCUUCCCUGACAUGAAGACCGUCAAAAUCAUAGUUAACUUUCCCCCCAUAAUACAUGAAAUGAAGUCUACUGGAGUGGGCCUGGGACGCACUGCUCUGCUAAGGUGUGAGACGGCAGCUGUACCAUCACCCACGUUCGAGUGGUACAAGGGAGAGAAAAGGCUUACCAAAAGUCACGGAAUAGAAAUCCAGAACCUUAACUCCAGAUCAGUUCUCUCCAUAUCUAACAUGACGGAGGAUCGUUAUGGUAACUACACAUGCGUGGCUAGCAACAAGCUAGGAACAGCCAACGCCAGUAUGCUUCUGAGUCCAAUUAUUGAACCCACCCCAGCUAGUCCAGUCUCAAGCCCAGUACCGAACACGGCGCAUUACGGGAGCAGCGGUGGCGCAGAGGCCCUGUCGUCCUGCUGGUACCUGGUCCUGGCUUUCUCCUCCCUCAUGAGUGCGUACUAGCUGAGGACAACCACACUAUCCAUAAUGACUGUAACGAACCCUCUAAAAGCAUUUACGAAUACUCUGGCAUUGCUGGCGACUGGAUAUGAUCUGGUACGAUUUGUUAAACGCAACGUGGGAAAUAAUCAGCAUUAUAAUGUGGGAAUGGUCGUUUUUCUGUGGAAUUUCUCAUUAUGUAAAUACGGAAAAAUUCUGCCUUUUUUUUCUUUCGAUUGCCCACUUGAUGAAUCAGUAGACAUUGUCCACUUUAAUACACAAAAAGCUCUUUUUUUUUUCCUCAAAGGUGUGGGCGCAUGGAUAGACAUUUUCAUCAUCGUUAUUGUUAAUGGGUUAAAAAAAUGUCUGCCAAAAAUAGCAGCAUGUCCCUUAUACAAAGAACAACGUAGCCAGUAUUAAAAAUAGGCCAAAAAACCCACACCAACACACAUGCACAAAACGAUUACAAUUAUGAAUCACAUUAAAGUCUUAAUGAGUAAAAAAGGACAGAGAGGAGGGAAAACAAUGCUGCAGAUUUUAGUAUUUCAACCACACAGCCCAGUGAAGGCAUCUGAAUGGGUACUGAACUGACACCCAGUAACCUUAAUGUGUGACUAUUCCGUUUAAUUUGGCCACUCAGUUGCUAGUCAUACAUGUAUUACCCUGUGAGAUGCAGUGUAAGCACUGCACUGUUUCAUCCAUUCCUGGCACUCGAUGGGCUUUGCCUAUUAACAUAUGCAUAGGUAGCUCAAUAUGUAGCAUUUGGAGAUAUAUUCUUCAUUAUGAUACCUGAGAUUCCAGUCCAUUUCAGCUUAGAUUUAAGUCAAAUUCCACAUUUAUACCAAAAUCAUUAAAACGGUGUUUGCCUCAAAAAAACACAAACAUAUGACAGCAGUAACAUAUACAGUAUAUUAAGUGUUAAUUUGUUUACCGAGGGAAGAUAAUGGCCCAGUGUACAUUUUGCUAAAGGCUGCACAGUGAAGCCCCUCUGCGCUGUGAAUGUGCCCAUGUGCACAGCCUUUAUCGCUAAUUCAUACCGCUGACCUGUAUCCUUUAUCUUUUAAUAAUGUAAUUUUUUUCUGGCCACUGUGGUACACUGCACUUCUGCUAUUACAUUCAGCAAAAUAUACAAAUUUCAGUUCAUUAUUGCCGCAAGUGACCCGCUUUAGCUAUUCUGCUCUAAACUGAGACAUGGACAAUCAUCAUAGAAAUGAAAAGAUGCAAGUCAUCUUAUCAAAGAAAGAGAAAUGCUGAUAUUUGUCAUCUCAAAUGCUUAAAGUCAGUUACUGUAGAUUCAAAUAAGAACCACAAUACGCCAUAUGAAAAUUUUCACUUAACUUGAAAAGUAUGUGUAUAGGGAUUACGUGUUGAAAUGAAAAAAAAGGUUUGAUCAUGGUGAGAUGCAAGAGCUUUAGAAAUCAAAAUAAAACCAAACUAACAGUCUAGAAAUGAAGAAAGCGAAACUGUAUACAGUAUUUACACAAAUCCAUGAUCAUGGGAAAUGGUUAAUAGAUAAAAUGUUUUUUGUUUUUUUUUUUUCAAAGGUUUGCUUUGUUACUAUUAAUAAUAGUUUUGCCAUUGUGUAUAUUAACCAAAAACUCAUGAAGUCAGGAAUUUGAAGCAGACAGAUUUUGGUGUUUUACAUGGGAGCGGACAGGCAACUGCUGUUAUGAUUCAUGUAUCGGCCACAAUUUACGUCAUUUGAGGUGAUUUAACAGCUUCAGCUUUUGAAAAUGAAUAUUUAAAUGACAAUAUUGUAACUUUACAUGUUUCUCUCCCUUUUUUGUAAUCACCACUAACCCCCCCAAAAUACUUUUGCUAUAAUUAUUUCUCAGUUCAAAUUCAGGGGUGAUUUCUGAAAGUACAGUCAAAGAAAGAAGUCACAAGACCAGCACGGCAGAUGGCCGUGCUCCUUACUGUGGUAUCCGUCCUUUUUUAUAAAUUAAGAAGAACGAUUAAUAUUAAGAUGCUUUUACAGUAGGUCAACAUAAAACAGAACAAUAUUUGAUGCUUAAUUUUGAAGCGGUUUGCUUACAUUGUUUCACGUACUGUGCAAAUACAGGUAAUGUUUUAAAAACUUGAGUAGAUUCAGGUAAUGUGUUAAUUUUAUCUUAGUGUUUCAUCGCUUAGACUAUUUAAUCCAAAGCUGUUUACAUAUCUUACAUGUGUUACAAUGUUAGUCACCUAAACAGCUGAAUAUUUUGAUUCAGGCCUACCCAACAGCACAAUAUAUUUGAUCAAUCAACGAGAACAUGUGCUUUUUAUAUGCAUUUAUAUUCAAAACAAGAUUUUUCUUGGUUUUCACUAACAUGUACUACGUUUUAAUUGCUGCACAUAUAAAUUUAUCCUGUCUUAUCUCAGUGUCAUAUACAGCUUGCUUACAGAUUGAUCUCAUUAGUAAAACCUGUAGCAGAACUCACUGAUUCAGCAGAAGAUUCUGCCAGUUUUGUUUGCAUUUUGCCUGAUGUCAAAUCCACUACUAUAUGCUCAAGUUUUUUUUUUUUAUUUGUUUUUUUUUUUUUACUUAGCACAUAGAUGAAUUAUAAAAUAUGUAUCUAUUAACUGCCAGGUUAAUCAUUUGAAAAAGUUUAAAAGGGAUCUUUUCCAGGGUUACACUUUUUUUUGAUAAAGAAAUUUUUCCCCCCAAAAUUUUAAGAAGUAUUGUAUAGCACAGUUUACAUUUUCAGAUGCCAUAAUUGUACUUACCCCUGUGAAAUGUAUAGAUAAAAAUGUCUUCUAUACAAUUGUUAAUUUAUUCAGAUUUAUUCAAAGGGUGUGAACCAAGUAACUUGAUGUUAAGUCAUUAGCUUAUAUAUUUUGGCGAAGUGGAGUUUUGUCUUUAUAGCCAAUUUUGAUUAAUCUUUGUGAUUAUCGAAAAUAUUAACAAACUUAUUUCUUACACAUGUGUGUAUUAUGGUGUGCUGAGAUAAUGGUGGUGCUGCAUGUGAGAUUACCUUGUAUAUUAUUGUUAGAUUUCCCCCUAAAAUAAGAGGAGAGUACCAAUACUAGUGAGUACCCUACAGUAUGAUUUUAUUUUGUCUCAAAUGAAGGUUGAAUCAUUAUUUAUUCGAAAGCAGGCUGCGUUCUUUACUUCCUUCUUACAUACAGGUGGGAACAUGCAAUACAUCGGUUUAUCCUAGAUUCAGUUCUUUGUUACUCUAAAUACGUCUGCAAGUAUUCGUAAGUCAUCAUUAAUGUUUUGUGUGGAAUUGACUAUAAAGUAGGUACAGUAUGAUGUGAAUAUCAUUCUCUCAUCUGGCUAAGGCUCUUGUAACUGAACUAAAUUCAUCUAAAAGCACAAAAGCUAUUCUACCUGAUUCAUUUAGAGACUUAAUUUUUGGUUUAUAUAUGAAUUGUCCACAUAUUUCAUUUAGUUUACUGUUUUUAAACGCCCCCAGCUUUGCUGACAGACUAAUUAAUAGCAAAAAUCUCAAUUCCAUCUUUUGCAUUACUGUUGGAGCAGUACGUAUUCUUAAGCUGGUAUGUUUUUAAAAUCUAAACUAACAGCUGUCACUGCAGUGUUUAAACAAGGAGUACAUUUGAAAUUAUUUAUAAUAACAAAUGGCAGCAUGAGAUGGAAAUCUCAUUAAAUAAUGCACGAAGAUUUGCAAUUAUAAAUGGCAUCAAAUAGGUUAAAUGUCUCCAGUUGUUUUUAAUGUUGGUCUUUUAUGGUUGAUGGUAUAAUUUUUAUAUGUUGUGCAAAAUGAGUUUUCAAAUAUACGUGACCAUAAUCUUUUGCCAAAAUGUCUCCUUUACGUUGGAUCCUCAGCUUAUAGCCACUCAUAUGCCAAGGAAUGCAAUCUCCUGGAAAACAGUGUCAAAUGCUUUUUUUUCCUUCUGCAACAAUAACAUAAUUUCAUUCUUUUAUCUUCUCAUUGAUGGAACAUGAUUUCUGCUCUAUAAUGGUUCCUCACUACAUAAGUGGAAGACACCUUUAUGAAACUUAAACAUUUAUGAAAUUUAAAAGAAAGUAAGUUACUUAUUCAUUUAUUGACUUAGUUUGGGGGUGGGGGGUGGGGGUUUAAAUCAAUUAACAUUACAUCAUUUUGGCUAGUCCAGAUGGUUCCUUCCAGUGUUCUGACAUCACAGUAUUGGAAGUAACAUCAAAUUUGUCCCUUUACCUUCACACAAUCACGCUAAUUACUCAUAUUCAAAGUCUAUAUUUCAUAGAGACCAUAAAGGAUUUGUUUUGAAUAAUCAAUUAAAAGCCUUCAAUGAAUCCACUGGGGGAACAAGUACUGUAUUGUAUUGAAUGUGCCUUUAAAUUUAAAUACCAUAUCCAAGCCUCAUAUAUAAAUAUUGCUGAAUUAGUUAAGGCCCUUUCUAUAUUCCAGGGUAAAGUUUUCAACUAUUUUAAAAUGUCACUUUUGCCAGGUUCUUGCAUAUGUCAAGUAUUGUACAUAUAAUGUAGUAAAUGGAAACCCUCACAGUAAAAUCAGUCAAUUACACUAAUAAAACAAAUUGUCUUUCAGAUGUAUGAUGUAUGUUUCAGUCCACCUGGUAUGAGUUGGUUAGUCCGAUCUUUUAUUUUGUCCUGUCAUUUUCUUUACCCAUCGUUGUGUGGAAUAUGUGGAGCAUCUAUGAUUUUCUCAGAAUUCAUAUAGUUACUAUGGCAAAUUCUGGCAAAAAGCACAGCCCUUUAAUUACAAUACUGUUCUAAAUAAUUCUGGAAUGUGAAAAUUACAAGCGUGGCACUGAUCAGUGAUAAAGACUAAAUACAAUUUUAUGGCAUUUAAAAAUGAUCAACAACAACUAGUAAUCAUUAACAAUUAAAAAAUGAAAGUCAUUUAUUUAAAUGAUAUUUAACUCUAAAUCUGCAACAACAUUUUGAACAAGAGUGCAAACGAUGUUCGGCAAUGCAUGCAUUUCUUAUGUGUUUUCAUACUGUGUAAAUUUCAGUCACAUGACCGAAAGAGCAAUAUUGGUUUCUUUAGUGAACAUCUUGAUUGGCAAGACAAAAAUCUCCCAUUGUGUUGAAUAGAAUGCGCAAUUUUCAAGGCUGUUAGCUGCAUUAAAAAGUACAAUAAUACAAAAAAACCUUAUAAAGAUGAUAAGAAUGGUGACGUCUGUCCUUAUGAUUCUUAAAUCAGUUAUUUAAAAAUAAUGUAGGAGUUAUGUUUACAGGUAGAUAUGAAGGAGGUGGAAGAAAUGAAAUAGGCCAUUAGUUAAAUAAAUAGAAGUAAUUUGAUUCAGAAAUAGAAGGUGAAGUCUUGGGAAACAGAUAAUUGUGACAAUUUAGUGGAAAUUAGCUAGGUGGACAUAGCGUUUCUGUGGUUUUCCUCCUGGGGCCUUAGAUAUUAAGAGUAAUUCAUUUUCUGCCUGGUUGCAAGUGAUUGGCCGCCUGCUCGUGAGACAGUUUGUCAGGGUGCGAGAUGAUCUGCUGCAACGAUAAAAACACACAGUGGCUCCCAUCACAUUCUCGCCAUGUCUUACUGAGACGUGAUUCAAAAAACAAAAAAGUCGGAAGAAGAAGCCGUUUAUAGCUCUUUUUCCUGUGACCCUUUUGUUAAUUGAAUUCUACCCGUGCCUUUGUCUUUCUUGACGAUUUUAUUGAACCUGGAAAGCAUCUCCUCACUGAAGCUUUCAGACUCUGAUCAGCACUGAAUAAUUCAUGCAAAACUCGAUUACUUAGCACCAAACAAAUAUUCCUGGAUUACCACUGUACCUUCAGCUUGUAUUCCUCACAUUAUGACCAGAAUUAUUGCAAAUUUCUGACAGUAAAACAACACAAUAAGCAGUAAUAUUUAUCUCAGAGCUCAGAUGUUACUAAAACAGUGUAGCUAAAUCUUGAUUUAGAGAAAUAACCCUGCAGUUAAUGCAUUAUCUGCAAGAAAAAAAAUUUACAAAUGAAACAAAAUGAGCAUGUUACUUUAAAACUUCUGAUGAAGUAUUUGUCAGCAUGCUUUUUUAUUAUUUUCAGUGAGCUGGAAAAUAAGUUAGCAGGGCAAUGAUGCAGAGUUCUAGAUAAUUCAACAUGUAUAACAGAGCUAUCUAAUCCUGGUUUCUGUGCGAAGCUGAUUACAGAGUCAUAUUGGAAGUAGUGCUCAUAUAAGUGGCUUUGAAUGCGGUUGCCAGUUUUAAAACGGAAUUUAGAGGGUGUUACAUUAGAGGGUGACUGUGUACUAGAGAUGACAGUAACUGGCACCCCAUUGUAAUUUUCUUGCAAUUCUUUACAGUGAGUGCGAACUGGUAAUUAUGUUUUCAUGAAAGAAUGUGUUUACAUUGGUAAGGAACAUGUUAUUAAAUAUCUUUAUCACUUUCCACUGGCUUUUUAAAAGAGCUGAAUGUUUCAUUUUAUUUUUCUGUAUAUACAGUAUGCUAAUAUAUGUACAUUUUUUUUUUACCUUUUUAUAAGGCAGUGAUUGUGCGGACUGAAUGGUACACCUAAUAAACUAAAACAUAUUUGCUGGAUUUUUUUUAUUAUUAUUGUUUAGUAUUCAAAAGCAUAAUGCUAAGUUAUAUGUGAUGAGAAAUCUGAAAUGGUUAUCUUUACUCCAAAUGUGUAUGAAGGUCCUUUAGCCCCCAGGGAAAUAGUUGUAUAUUUAUCGGCUCUAGAUCACUGGAAUGACAUUAAUGGCUUUAAGUGGCAUUGAUAUAUAUAUACAUAUAUACAUAUAUAUAUUGAUAUUUGUUGAAAAAAUGAAUUGAAAUUCAUGUACUUUGGAUUACUUAAAGCUUACAUUGUGUAUAGCACGUAUGCAAGUCCAUUUUCAUUCUGUUCAACGUAAUUUUGUAGCAGUGGUUUGAUACUAAUAAAUGGCAGUUGAUGAUGGAACUGUAGAA